AAACAUAACCUUCCAGUUUAUAUUCUACCAUCACUGCCACCACCACUUUCCUCCCUUGAGACCCACUUUCCCCCACUGUUUAAGGUCGGAAAACAUGGCCACGGUCACAACACAAGCCUCGGCCUCGGUCUUCCGGCCAUGUGCCUCGAAAUCCAGGUUCCUUACUGGAUCUUCAGGUAAAUUGCACAGAGAAUUGGCCAUUAGACCAAUGGCAAACUCCUCAUCUUCCGCAGGUUCUCUCAAAGUUGAGGCUAAGAAAGGUGAAUGGUUGCCGGGGUUGGCCUCACCGGGAUACCUUAAUGGCAGUCUUCCUGGUGACAAUGGGUUUGAUCCUCUUGGACUUGCUGAGGAUCCUGAAAACCUGAGAUGGUACGUUCAAGCAGAGCUUGUCAAUGGUCGUUGGGCUAUGUUGGGUGUUGCAGGAAUGCUACUUCCAGAGGUUUUCACAAAGAUUGGGAUUCUUGAUGUCCCAAAGUGGUAUGAUGCUGGGAAAGCUGAAUACUUUGCAUCCUCAUCGACCCUGUUCGUGAUCGAGUUCAUUUUGUUCCAUUACGUUGAGAUCAGAAGGUGGCAAGACAUAAAGAACCCAGGAAGUGUCAACCAGGACCCCAUCUUUAAGCAAUACAGUCUGCCCCCCCAUGAGCUGGGAUACCCUGGCGGAAUUUUCAACCCACUUAACUUUGCACCUACUCUUGAGGCCAAGGAGAAGGAGAUUGCAAAUGGGAGAUUGGCAAUGUUGGCAUUUUUGGGAUUUGUGGUUCAGCACAAUAUUACUGGAAAAGGACCAUUUGACAAUCUCUUGCAGCACCUUUCAGAUCCAUGGCACAACACCAUUAUCCAGACACUAGGGGGCUACUAAGUCCUCCCAAGAGAUGACAUGAAAACCAGUUUUCCGUGGGGUGGGGGGGUGGGGGCACGGCUUUCAGUUAGAUGUGGCAUCAGUGUGAACAAGAUCCAUGUACAGGGGAACUAGAUUGAAUCCAAUAUGAUUUCACCAUGCAGAUUACGUCUACUACUUAGCAGUUAGCUUUUCAUUUCUGAAGCAAGAAAUUGAGGAAUUCCUAGUGUAAUUGCUUUCAUUUCCUACAAACUUUAUUUGUUUUUUGGGUGAUUGAAAUCUAAUAUCAGCAGCUAUCCAUGUUACAAGUAUGUUAAGAGAAAAAAAAAAAAAAAUUACUCC